CACAAGGCCACUCCAAAGACCUAGUAGUGGAACCGAAGAUGUUCGGGAACAUCGGAAAGAUCCCCAUCAUCGGCGACCUGACGGGCAGCAACAAGAAUGCGCACCUCAAGGGCAACGUGGUGCUCGUGCGCAAGACCGUGCUCGGCUUGGACGUCACCAGCAUCGCCGGCUCCCUCCUCGACGGCAUCGGCGAGUUCCUCGGCCGCGGCGUCACCUGCCAGCUUAUCAGCUCCACCGUCGUCGACCCUAACAACGGCAACCGCGGGAAGUUGGGCGCGGAGGCGAGCCUGGAGCAGUGGCUGCUGAACCCGCCGCCGCUUCUGUCCAGCGAGAACCAGUUCCGCGUCACCUUCGACUGGGAGGUGGAGAAGCAGGGCAUCCCGGGCGCCAUCAUCGUCAAGAACAACCACGCCUCCGAGUUCUUCCUCAAGACCAUCACCCUCAACGACGUCCCCGGCCACGGCACCAUCGUCUUCGUCGCCAACUCAUGGAUCUACCCGCAGUCCAAGUACCGCUACAACCGCGUCUUCUUCUCCAACGACACGUACCUCCCCAGCCAGAUGCCGGCGGCGCUGAAGCCCUACCGCGACGACGAGCUCCGGAACCUGAGGGGCGACGACCAGCAGGGCCCGUACCAGGAGCACGACCGCGUCUACCGCUACGACGUCUACAACGACCUGGGCCUGCCUGACAGCGGGAACCCGCGCCCCGUCCUCGGCGGCACCAAGGAGCUCCCCUACCCGCGCCGCUGCCGCACCGGGCGGAAGCCCACCAAGAGCGACCCCAACAGCGAGAGCAGGCUCACGCUGGUCGACGGCGACGUCUACGUGCCGCGCGACGAGCGCUUCGGCCACAUCAAGAAGUCGGACUUCUACGGCUACGCCAUCAAGGCGCUGGUGAACGCCGUCAUCCCGGCAAUCCGCACCUACGUCGACCUGUCGCCCGGCGAGUUCGACUCCUUCAAGGACAUCAUGAAGCUGUACGAGGGCGGGAUCCAGCUGCCCAAAAUACCAGCCCUCGAGGACCUGCGGAAGCAGUUCCCACUCGAGCUCGUCAAGGAUGUCCUCCCGGUCGGCGGCGACUACCUCCUCAAGCUCCCCAUGCCGCAGAUCAUCAAAGAGGACAAGACAGGUUGGAUGACAGAUGAGGAGUUUGGACGGGAGAUUCUCGCCGGCGUGAACCCCAUGCUCGUCAAGCGUCUCACGGAGUUCCCUCCGAGGAGCAGUCUUGACCCGAGCAAGUACGGCGACCACACCAGCACCAUCAGGGAGGCGGACCUCGAGAACAAGCUCGAGGGCCUGACGGUGCAGCAGGCGCUGCACGGCAACCGGCUCUACAUCCUGGACCACCACGACAACUUCAUGCCGUUCCUGGUCAGGGUGAACAGCCUGGAGGGCAACUUCAUCUACGCCACCAGGACCGUGCUGUUCCUGCGCGGCGACGGCACGCUGGUGCCGGUGGCCAUCGAGCUGAGCCUGCCCGAGCUCCGGGACGGCCUGACCACCGCCAAGAGCACCGUGUACACGCCCAAGUCGACCACCGGCGCGGAGGCGUGGGUGUGGCACCUGGCCAAGGCCUACGCCAACGUGAACGACUACUGCUGGCACCAGCUCAUCAGCCACUGGCUCAACACCCACGCCGUGAUGGAGCCGUUCGUGAUCGCCACCAACCGGCAGCUCAGCGUGACGCACCCCGUGCACAAGCUCCUCCUGCCGCACUACCGUGACACCAUGAACAUCAACUCCAACGCGCGCCAGAUGCUCGUCAACGCCGGCGGCAUCUUCGAGACCACCGUCUUCCCGCGCCAGUACGCGUUCGAGAUGUCCUCCGUCAUCUACAAGGACUGGAACUUCACAGAGCAGGCUCUCCCUGACGACCUAAUCAAGAGAGGCAUGGCGGUCGCAGACCCGUCGAGCCCGUACAAGGUACGGCUGCUGGUGGAGGACUACCCGUACGCGUCGGACGGGCUGGCCAUCUGGCACGCCAUCGAGCAGUGGGUGACGGAGUACCUCGCCGUCUACUACCCCAACGACGGCGUGCUGCGGGCGGACGUGGAGCUGCAGGCGUGGUGGAAGGAGGCGCGCGAGGUCGGGCACGCCGACCUCAAGGACGCGCCCUGGUGGCCCAAGAUGCAGACGGUGGCCGAGCUGGUCAAGGCCUGCACCACCAUCAUCUGGAUCGCGUCGGCGCUCCACGCGGCCGUCAACUUCGGGCAGUACCCGUACGCCGGGUACCUCCCGAACCGCCCGUCCGUCAGCCGGAAGCCGAUGCCGGCGCCGGGCAGCGACGAGUACGCGGAGCUGGAGCGCAAGCCGGAGAAGGUGUUCGUGCGCACCAUCACCAGCCAGUUCCAGGCCCUCGUCGGCAUCUCGCUGCUGGAGAUCCUGUCCAGCCACUCCUCCGACGAGGUGUACCUCGGCCAGCGCGACACCAAGGAGUGGACGUCGGACGCCAAGGCGCAGGAGGCGUUCAAGCGGUUCGGCGCGCGGCUGACCGAGAUCGAGAAACGCGUCGUCACCAUGAACGCGGACCCUCGCCUCAAGAACCGCAACGGCCCGGCCGAGUUCCCCUACACGCUGCUCUACCCCAACACCUCCGACACGAAGGGCGACGCCGCCGGCAUCACCGCCAAGGGCAUUCCAAACAGCAUCUCCAUUUGAGUUCUGUCUGUCUGAGCUGAGGACGUACGGUCGUCGCACUAGUUGUUUGCGUUUCCCCGUUCCGUUCCGUGAAGUGUGGUUCUCACUUGCGCGGUAUUGUGCAAAUAGCCAAGUACUCCUUACAGAAGUCGCUACGUGAGGACUGUUGUAAUAAGGCUCUAUUCAGUUCCUCAAUAAUGAAGUUACUUUGUGUUC